ACGCAUCCCGGCGCAUGCGCGUGGGGUGGAGCGGAGAAGAUGGCGGCGCCCAGUUUACCCACGCCGAUGCACGGGCACGUGGGCCGCGGCCGCUUUAGCGACGUGUACGAGCCCGCGGAGGACACGUUCCUGCUGCUGGACGCGCUCGAGGCAGCGGCGGCCCAGCUGGCCGGAGUAGAAAUAUGCCUUGAAGUAGGGUCAGGGUCUGGAGUAGUAUCUGCAUUCCUAGCCUCUAUGAUAGGUCCUCAGGCUUUGUACAUGUGCACUGAUAUCAACCCUGAGGCAGCAGCUUGUACCCUGGAGACAGCACAUUGUAACAAAGUCCACAUUCAGCCAGUAAUUACAGAUUUGGUCAAAGGCUUGCUACCAAGAUUGAAGGGAAAAGUUGAUCUUCUGGUAUUUAAUCCCCCUUAUGUAGUGACUCCACCUGAAGAGGUAGGAAGUCAUGGAAUAGCGGCAGCAUGGGCUGGUGGCAGAAAUGGUCGAGAAGUCAUGGACAGAUUCUUUCCACUGGCUUCAGAUCUCCUUUCACCAAGAGGAUUAUUCUAUUUAGUUACCAUUAAAGAAAACAAUCCAGAAGAAAUUUUAAAAACGAUGAAGACAAAGGGUCUACAAGGGACCACUGCACUUUCCAGGCAAGCAGGCCAAGAAGUCCUUUCAGUCCUCAAGUUUACCAAGUCCUAAUGUACAGUGUAUGCUGAGAGCUACUGGAAACUGAGUGCGUUCAGCAUGUUUUGAAACUGAAGUCAUUUCUUGAUUAACAAGGAAUUUUUUAGAAAUUUGUCCUAAAGAAGGAGGUGGAAACGUAGGGCAUUUCCUUUCACAUGGGAAUCAAGCCUACAAAUGCAAGUAAAUAUGUAUAUUAUAUUUAUAAUUUAUAUUUUAUAUAUAAAAGUUAUAUAUGAAAGGAUGUUUAUUUCAGCCUUAUUUGUAAUAGCAAAACAAUGGAAUUGACCUAAAUAUCCAUCAGUAAGGAGAUUGGUUUCAUAUUCAUAAUUUACAGUAUACCCAUUUCACUGAACUUGCAGCCAUUAAACAUGAGUCAGGUCUGUUUACACUACACCAGAAGGGUUAUUGAGUGAAAUGAUCAAGUUACAGAACAGUAUUUUACUGUAUGUAUAUUUUUUAAAAACCCAACAAGAGGAUAUAUUUGUGUAUAUAACAGAGUCUUAGAAGGUAAAUAACAGGUGGGAAUGGAGGACUUUUACUCCUUUGUGGUGGCCUUUGCUUUUACACAGUGAUAAUGUUGGAGAAGACCUGUAGAUUAUCAUAUUCUUAACCAAGUGGACUCCAGUUGCAACUUUUGUACCAGAUGUGGUUUCAUUGCUUGAGCAAAUUAACAUAUCCCCUGCUCCCUGUUUUAUAGCUGUUCAUUUAGCAAGUAUCUUUUUCUCCAUACCUGUCCAUAAAAGCCCACCAGAAGCAGUUUGUUUUUAGAUGGUAAGGCCAGCAAUACACCUUCACUGCCCUACCUCAGGGGUAUAUCAAUUCUCCAGCUCUAUUUUGUUUACAGGAAUUUUGAUUACCUUUUCCUUCAUGAUAUCACAUUGAUUUAUUAUAUUGAUGACAUUUGCUGAUUGGAAUUAAUGAGGUUGAAGAAGCAACUAUUCUAGACUUAGUGGUAAGACAUUUGAAUAUCAGAGGGUAAGUAAUGUAAAAUUUAGGGGCCUCCUACCUCAGUAAAAUUUGUAGGGAUCUAGUAGUAUAGGGCAUGUUGAGGCAUUCCUUUUAAGGCAAAGGAUAAGUUGCUGCAUCUGGCUGCUCCUACAACCAAGAACGGGACAACACCUAGUGGGCCUCUUUAGGUUUUGGAGGCAACAUAUUCCUAUUUGGGUGUGUUGCUCUAGUCCAUUCAUCGAAUGACUCAAAAGCUGCUAGUUUUGUUCUGCCUUAUUCUUUUUUUCCCUUGCAAAUUUGAGAUGGAUGUUAUCUGGUGUCACCAUCACAUCCAGCCUCUAACCUCAAAGUUACCAUGGAGAGGGAAAAAACAAUGGAAGACAGUGCAUGGGAAAUUUUUAUAGCCAAACCUGGAAGUACCAUACAUCACUUCUGUGCACAUUUCAAUGGCUAGACCUUCUUGGGAAUUGAGACAUUUUUGUAGUUGUCUUCCUACCCAAAGGUUGUUUUGAGGUAUGUUCGAGAGCCAUAGAUUUUUUUGAGUGUUUUGUUUUGUUUUGACAUAAGAUUUCCUCAAAACCUUAGUAGGCUUCUAAUACAUUUUCUAGCAGUCAGUCCUAAAUGCUGGUCACUGUAUUUAUUUUGUUCUAGACAUAGUUCGCAGACCUGCUUUAUAUAUAUGCUUCCUCCGACCAAUGCCUUUUCUUUUGUAGAAAUGGUGGGUUCAGAUGGGAUGAUAGCACUCUUAAUUAGAUCCUAAUAAAAUUAUGUUAUCCUUACUGUA